GGAAGACAAUUUUUGGGUUUCCAAUACCUGCCACCAAACUGCAGAGCUAGGUAAGGUAUUACCAUCUCUUCUAUGACAGACGAAUAAAACACAUGUAACUACUUGGAGGAAACUUAAGUCUGAGUCUCAAGACCCACAACACCACCUGCAAUUGCAAAUUUGCAACCGUGCAAGACCCAACAUGGGAGGGGAAGCAAUCUGACUGUGAAGGGGUUGUCUCGUCGACGUCGCCGGUGAAAGAUCCAGUCCACUUAACGAGUCACCACCAUCAACACCAAAGCUCCACCCUCUGGUAAUGCUCGAUUUUGAGGAAAAUCAGAAUAUAUAUAUUUCCUUUCAAGAACAGAAGGAAGAAGGGCAGUAGAGGUACACAAUCACUAAUGGCUCCUGAAUUGGAAGGUUUCGACCUCACAGGACCGAAACAGCUCGCUGUUGUUGACUGGAGAAAUAAUCAUCACUGCCGGGCAGUUGCUGCCAGCCUGGUUCAGGGAGCAUACAAUUCAAAACGUAAUCCCCAGAAAUCCCAAGAUCCCAAAGUUCAGCGUUCCCGUUGGUGGUCCUUCUUUCAUUUUGAGGUAAAACGUGUGCUCAUAGAUGAUAAAGAUUCAUCCAUCUACGGUGUCGUUUAUGAAUUUAAGCACACAAACCCCAACAAUUUGCCAGAAUGCGCCCCAAAGUGUGUGAUUGCCUUUCGUGGAACAAUCCUCAAAUCUAGAUCCGCAAAACAGGAUAUGAAGUUGAAUAUCAAGCUCUUGACUGCUGAACUUCACAAGGACAACUCUCGCUUUAAACCCGCGCUGGACGCUGUCAAAGAAGUUGUUCAAGAAGCUGAGCCUGCAAAUAUUUGGUUAGCAGGACAUUCCCUGGGGUCGGCCAUUGCAAUGCUGGUUGGAAAAUCCAUGGCCCAGGAGAAGUAUCUCAAAACUUUCCUUUUCAAUCCGCCUUUCUUGAGGUCUUCUCAAAGAAUAUCAACAGUCCACGUUUGGAGAAUGUAAUCUGCUCAACAAAGAAUGUUUUCAAAGCUGGGAUCUCUUUUGUUGGGGGUGGUCAUUCGUGGCAGGAACGACAUCACCAAUUUAAUAAAUUGUCUCCUUGGAUCCCCAACCUGUUUGUGAACAAAGACGAUCCUUUUUGCUCAGGGUAUAUAGACCAUUUUGGAAAUAGGAAGAUCGAAUCUGAGAUACGUUCAAUAAGGAGUGCAUUAAGAGCUGCAGUUGGGAUAGAUUCACAACUACCCGUACAUCUACUUCCAAAAGCAUAUCUAACUAUUAGCGAGAACUCAUCCUCAUCCGAUGUUUUGGAAGCUCAUGGACUAAAACAAUGGUGGUACCAAAUGUCUAUAGGGCCGGGCUUUGCAAGUUCAUCAAUGAAGGUAUCAAUAGGUGAUACCAAACUCGUGGGUGAACCCUGAGCACACUCCAUGAGUAUUGAUGGAGUAAUCGGUAACAGAUGCCAAGUGAAAGGGUGCAACCUUUUACCCAGUCUAUUCAGGAUGUUGUGAUCUUUGAUUUUUUCGUCUCAGAUAUAAAUUUAGUUCUUCUUAUGGUAUGUGAACUCCUGAUUAGUGCAAUUUCAAACAUUUUACUUUUCCUGCAAUUGUCUUACCUUUGGUUUUAGGCAUGUAUACCUUGUUGGAAAAUGUUUCAAAUUCCUAAUUGCUAGAUGUUGGUA